UUACUAAAUUAAGAUUUUUUUUACUCAUAACAUAAACAUAGGUUGGAUCCGUUUCAUGCCACACCAUUCCGGUUGCGGAAUCCAUUUUUCACGGCGGUGUUGGUGGCGGACCCUCCUCGGGUUUUCGCCGGAAUUUUCAACGCCUCCUUCAUCUCCUUAACCGCCUUAAAAACCUGCGUGUUUUUCUGCCUCUGUUUCUCCGAUUUGGUUCUUCUUGUUUUAUGGAUCCGGGUUUUAGAAGCUUCAUUAUCAAGGUUUUGCUUCUCAAGUUGUGAUUUUUUUAGCUGAUUUGUUCGUUUAAGGAUUUUUCAGUAAUUGCGGUGGAAGUAAGAUUGAUAUGCUGAGCAAAAAUGUCGUUGAGAAGCAUUGUACGGGAACUCAAGGAGAUGAGGGAUGGGAUUGGUAAUACGUCGAGGAGAGGUGUGGCAAGUAGGCAUUCACAGCGUCGGACAAAGUCGCAUAUUGUUCCUGAUAUCACUCUAACAUCACUUGAACCUAUUCAGCAGGGACAAUGGGCUAAUAUACCAUCUGAAUUGCUACUUGAUAUAAUUCGAAGGGUAGAAGAGACCGAGACUUCUUGGCCUGCACGUGCUGUUGUCGUUUCUUGUGCUUCUGUGUGUAAAUCAUGGAGGGCCGUUACACAAGAGAUUGUUCAGACUCCCGAAGAGUGUGGAAGGUUGACGUUUCCUAUUUCGUUAAAGCAGCCGGGUCCUCGUGAUUCUCCGAUACAGUGCUUCAUCAGGAGGGACAGAGAAACUUCUGCGUAUCUAUUGUACUAUGGACUGGUGCCAUCUGAAAAUGAGACUGAUAAGCUGUUAUUAGCUGCCAAAAAGAUAAGGAGGGCAACCGGCACUGACUUCAUCAUAUCUUUGGUUGCUGAUGAUUUUUCUCGUUCCAGCAAUGCGUAUGUUGGAAAACUCAGGUCCAACUUUUUGGGAACUAAGUUCACCAUAUAUGACAGCCAACCUCCACACGGAGCUGGAGUUCAACCAAAUAGCCGGUCCAGUAGGAGAUUUCAUCCUAGGCAGGUGUCUCCGAGAGUUCCAGCAUGUAACUACAUUGUUAGCACCGUUGCCUAUGAGCUGAAUGUUCUCCGCACUAGAGGGCCGAGAAGAAUGAAUUGCAUCAUGAAUUCUAUACCUGUCUCAGCUGUUCAGGAAGGGGGGAAUGCUCCAACUCCUACAUCUUUUCCUCAAAUUACUGAUGAUCAUUUUUGUUCUGUGUCAGCACAAGAACAAAAAGGUAAAGAUCCAAUUGGAGAUUUAAGCAAUUCAACCCUCACAGAGUUGUCGGUACAGAGCCAAGGGCCAUUUGAGUCUCUGGUACUCAAAAACAAGUCUCCCAGAUGGCAUGAACAGCUGCAAUGCUGGUGCCUAAAUUUCAAGGGCCGCGUUACAGUGGCUUCAGUUAAGAACUUUCAACUUGUGGCUGCUGUUGAGCCAUCUCAUAAUGUUCCUCCUGCAGAGCAAGAGAAGGUUAUCUUGCAGUUUGGAAAGAUUGGAAAAGAUAUAUUUACUAUGGAUUACCGUUAUCCACUCUCUGCCUUCCAAGCCUUUGCGAUAUGCUUGAGCAGCUUUGAUACAAAACCAGCAUGUGAAUGAGAUCCUUAUGGUCAUAGUCCGCUGGUUUUUUUUCAUCUAUAUAUAUGUAUAAUAUAAUUUGUUAUGCACAAUUCUUCAGCAUGGUGAAAUGCAGCCUGACUAUCAGUCAUUAGUAUUAUCUUUUAUGUUAGUUGUUGUAUCUGGAAUUUUAACCUGUAUGUUGUUUUAUAGCCCUGCAACUAAAUUUAAAUUUAGCGAAUUUUCACUUAUAAUA